GAGGGUUAUGUCGUACUCUCAUCACACUCCCCGGGAUUUACCCUCCUUCCAAAGACACCACAGAGCCUCCCCUCCCCCCCCCUCCCUCACCCUCUCCCUCUCUGUCAUGUCCGUCCCCGCCCACCUCGAGCCUGAUCUGCAAACCUUCGACUCGGCCACCGAGUCGAUUGCCUCUUCCACCUUUGAGAUGACCGAGAACGUCCCGGUUGCCGUCCAUUCUUCGGGUGACCCGAACGCCGCGGCCGAGUCCGCCGCCGCCGCGGCCGCCGCUCCCGGCACCGAGGCCGAGGUCACUGACCGCGUUCACAUGACCCAGCUCAACGGCUUUGUGGGUUUCCACAAGCUCUGUGACCAGGUCCACCGCCGCGCCAUCAAGCACGGCUUCGAGUUCAACGUCAUGGUUGUUGGCCCCUCUGGCAUCGGUAAGAGCACCUUCAUCAACACCCUCUUCUCCAGCCUGCUGCUCCAGAGCAAGUCCGAUCGCAUUCCGUCCGCCGCCGAUGAGAAGACCGUUGUCAUCGAGCGCAUCACCCACCAGCUUGUCGAGCAGGGCACUCGCCUGCUGCUGACCGUCAUCGAUACUCCGGGCUUCGGUGACCACAUCAACAACCAGGAUGCCUGGGAGCCGAUCGUCACCUACAUCAAGAAGCAGUAUGACGACUACCGGACCAUCGAGGCUCGCCCGGACCGGCCGCGCCACAUCAGUGACACCCGCGUCCACCUGGUGAUCUACUUCCUCCAGCCCGGCACUGCCGGCCUGCGCCCCCUCGAUGCCAAGGCCAUGUAUGAGAUCGGUCGCGUGGCCAACCUCAUCCCGGUCAUUGCCAAGUCCGAUUCCCUCACCAUGAACGAGCGCGCUGCCUUCAAGGCCGCCGUCAAGGCUGACAUCCAGGCCAACAAGAUCGCCGUCUACCCCAACUCGAGCGACCUGCAGUACGACGAGGAGGAGACCCAGGUCAAUGUCGAGGCGGCUGAGAUGAUCCCCUUCGCCAUCAUCGGCGCCACCGACACCAUUGUCAAGGACUCCGAGGUCACUCGCGGCCGCAUCACCCCCUUCGGCAUCAUCGACAUCGAGAAUGAGGAGCACUGCGAGUUCUCCCAGUUCCGUCGCUUCAUCAUCCACUCCAAUAUGAAGGAUCUCAUCGACGUCACCUCGCAGAUGCACUAUGAGCACUACCGCGCCCGGAAGAUCUCCAAGAAGAAGCGCAACCGCGCUCGUGAGGCGGCUGCCGCCAGCAACGCCAUGACUCCGUCUUAAGUGCCAGGAGUUGGCCGGCCGGCCGGCCGUGUGUGCACGUUGUGUUGUGUAUGUAUGUGUCUGCAUGUGUGUCUGCAUGUGUGGACGUACAUGCGCAUAUACAUAUAUAUAUAUACAUAUAUGUCUGCGUGUGUAUUUCCAUACAUGCGCACAUGCAUCGUAACCCUUGAUGUCUCCACCGAUCUCCUUCACUCCUCUUGCUUGUGGAUUGUCCCACUGGGGGGCAGUUCCCCCCUUCCGCCCUCCUCCCCUGCUCCCUCUGUGUGCGAGUGCGCCUGCCCGCGUGUCGCCUUUCAAAUAUAAUACCCGCCCCAGAAGA